UGAAUAAUAUUGGCAAUCAGCUGUUUUGGCAAGUUUUAGCUUGAUGUUGGCAGAAUAACCAGUUAUAGCUGAAUAAAGUAGUUCUAUUUUAUUUAUUCAAUUGUAUUUAUUUAAUUUAUUUUAUAGUCAGUAAAAAUUUCUCAAAAUGAAUAACUCUUCAUGACAGUUGCUCUAUACAAAACAUCCACUCCCUGCAAGUUCAAUAUAUGUGCUCAAACAAAACAUAUGUUACAGAGCGUACAAUGUGCAGAAUGGAGUGGUUACCCCUAGAGAUGGUGCGGUUGAUUGCUGAGAAUUUGACAGCCAAGGAUUUAUCAGCGUGCAUUGCCGUCAGUGUCAGCUGGAGAAACAUCUUCAACCAGGACAGUCUGUGGAAGCCACACUGUAACAUAAGUAUUGCUGAUUAUCUGGAGACUGCGGAGUGUCAAGUGCAGCCAGGAUUCGUAUCCCCAGUCAUGGAGAACAAAACGUUAAGUCCAAUCUGUCACUGGAGAAUGUGCUUCAUGCGUGAGAACCACCUGUUCAAGAACUGGAGAGAGAUUAGAUACGUAGUAAAUAAAGUAGAUAUUAAGUGCUCUUCCACCUUUUUUUAUACGUUUAUUUCUCAUGAUUAUGUCAUAGAGUUUACUAGUACGAGAGCGAUGUUGUGGGAUGUGAGAAACAAUCCUGUUUACUUAAGAGAUCCUUUUUGUUUACCGUUUGACUUUAUCGUGAAUUGGUGUGGGAUGAUCAGUGAUAACAUUUUUUGUGUUGUCCAAGGUCGGUGUGUGCAAGUGUACCACUUCAACACUAUUUUUGAUGAUAAGUGGGAUCUAAAGCAUAUGUUCUUUGUCAACGAAGAUGAGAUGCUGUCACGUAGUGACAGUGAGAUGAGCAGACUUUGGUUACUUCUGAGGCACAUGUUGAUUAUAGGAAAUAUUUUAGUGGGUUGUGACGACGAAGAUGGGGAUAGGGGCGUCUUACAUGUCUGGAAUAUUGAAGAGGGAAAGAAAUUAAGAAGAAUCGAUUGUACAAUGAUAUCUGACUCGCACACCAAGAUACACAGAUUAGUCAAAUCUGAAAAGUUGUCAUUAGAUUUUGUAAUAAUUCUUGAAACGGAAUUAAUUCAACAAAUUAGAUACUCUUUAAAAGGGUAUAGUCUAAAAGAGUUAGACUUUUCCAAGUUCAAUGCAAGCCAUGACAUGUCAUUAUACUUGACUGAGGGUAGUUUUGAUUGUGUUUUACAAGACAGAUUCGUUGCCAUCACUUUCUGUGGUUUCAUAUAUGUGUACAAUUAUUUAACAUCACAGUUGGUUGCUACAUCCGCACCAACUCACUCAUUGUCUGCUCAUUAUAAUUUCAAUGUUUUUUCAAUUGGUGAUAGAAUUUUGUUCAGUGAAGACCGAAAGUUAAAUAUGAUUUUCAAUACAAAUACAUUACUAAUUACAUCAUUAAUAGUGAAUAAUGAACCUGAGGAAUGUGUUUUUGUAAAAUCACUAAGCAGCAACCUUUUUAUUACUCGAAAUGGGAUGAAAUUUAGUUUAUGGGAAAUGGGAAGACAUAUAAGGUUUGACAGUGUAACAUGUUUGAACUCUUUAGCACUUUUUCCUAAUUGUUUUUCUUAUUUUGAGGUCAAUAAGUCCUGUACUAAGUUAGCUCUUAAUGAUUUUUCUAAAAACUAUUUCAUAAUUGCUAGUUUUUGGUAAUCCAAAACUUAGACACAGCUUAUUGUGUCACAAAAUGUAGCUUUAUCAUACAAACGAGAAAUCAGUGUACUUUGUUCAAAAUUGUGUUUAGCUACCAAAAAUAGUAGGAAUUAUUUUAUAAUAUUUAGUUAAUAAUUGUGUGAAGCCAAUAAACUGACUUUUCAACAUACAA